GCAAGCCGGAGAGGAAGACCGAUGAACUGUCAGUUCAGGGGCAGCCAGGAACCAGUCUUAAACCUUCAUGGAGCUGCAGACUGAACCAAAGGCAAUAUAUUGAAUCGAGCGUAAACAACUGCAUAUCUAGGUUUCUGCAGCAGUCGCCUUCUCCCCAGCCUGCUAUCGCGAAACGGCAUUUCGUCAGUUUUUAGCGACAUCUACCUAGCGAUUUGACUCUUUACUAGCGCCACCUCUGUAAACUACUGCCCGCUAUCAGCUGACCGGCGGCAAUCAGCUGAUGCGCGCCAGCUGACUGCUGGCUGCGUUCCUGACGUCAUAGCGUCAGUCGUGCGCGAGUUGUCUCGAAGGUAGGGGUGUCGGGCUGGUGCGCGCGCUUCUGACUGCGCACUGCGCGUUCAUCAAUACCCACGGAGCAAUAUGCACGCAGCAGCCACCACAAAGAGGCCGCCACGAGUGGUCACCAGGAGCAAAUCAGGAGCGGGCGCUGCCUCUAAAGGUGUAUCACAGGCCGGUCAGAGGCGCGACAGUCGACAGAAGUCAUCCUCCGAGUCGUCAACUCCGUCUUCUCCCGAAAUCAGCUCCGGCCGUGCGAUGUACCCCCCAUCACCACACCACCACCAGUAUCACCAGUAUCAGUAUCAGCACCAAUAUCAGCACCAGCCGCACCAGCACCACGGGCAGCAUCCUCAGCAGCACCACCAGCAGGGUCGGAGACACCAGCAGCGGGCCAGGAACGAACAGCAUCACCAACAGCAACAGCAACAACAGCAGCAGCUAUCGCCUCAGCAUAUGGAGACGGUGCGGUUUCUAAACCAAACAUGGAGAACAGUGCAGGAGGAAUGUGAAAGCUCCGGGUCAGGAGGUGGUGAUGUCUCCUCACUGUACUAUCAGGAGCCGGCGAAACACCCGGCGUUACAAGAUUUCAAGCCGUUCGAUCUGGAGUUAUUCUGGGGGCGGCAGCUGCACUGUCGGCUCACCAAAGGCAACAGCUGAACAUCUCAUCAGAACCCGUCACCGCAGUGAGAUGACGUCACCGGAGUCUGAUGACGUCACUGGAGUGGCACCCGUUCACGUUUUUCAUAAUAUCACGGUUGUGAGUGGUGUUACUUUUGUAGAACAAGCAUCAAUUUUACAGGGGGAGGGGUUUUGUUUCCGAAUCUGAAGAUGUUACGCUAUGUCAGGAUCAUGACAUAACGGUCUUUGUCAUAAUGUGACAUCAGUGACAUGACAUCAUGAUGCCAUGGUGUCACAUUAGGGUGACUGCACCACAGCUGUGAUAUUGUCGCCAAAUCGCGAUGGUUGGUGUGCUGUGACGUCGCUCGCGAGCCGCCGCCGUAGCCUUGGUUUUUGCAAUUGAUUCAUUCCGGUUUGUUGUUUGUGCGUGUUUUGCACGUUGACGCAGCAGUUUUAGUACCAAGUGAGUGCUUGACUGUUGUUUUUACUUGAAUCUAGAAGAGGCUAGCUGGAUAGAUGCUAGCAAGGCGGUGAUUAGAUAGAUCUUGCGCUAUCUCUCACUUGAAGGCGCCGCUAAGUAAUUGCGGUGCCGUUGCCAUGGCAGCCUGCAUUUUCCAUUUAGACCAGCAUAAUGCGAUAGACAAGAAAGCUUUAUCGAUGGCUGUCGUUGAGUUUUGCCGUGGUUGGCACAAAAUGUGACGGAUGAAGGUACAAUACAUUCAACACAUCUG